GCCAGAUAACUUUAUCUUUCAGCAUGGUUAAAUCUAGUUUAAUUGCCAAAUUUUUGGUUUUCGUAGCCAGUUUUUCGAAGACAAGACAUGGAAACGGACUACAAGGAAACGAAUCCAGUUCACAACACGACUCACGGUCCGGUGAGAGGCGUUCUGCGUAAGUCGAUGUAUGAUGAGCUUUACUACAGCUUCGACGGCAUACCUUAUGCUCAGCCGCCCCUGGGGGAGUUACGUUUUAAGGAGCCACAGGAUGCAACACCAUGGAAUGGGGUUCUGGACUGCACACAGCCGCGAGACAAGUGUCUUCAGGUCAACAGGCGAAACAAUAAGGUUGAAGGCUCCGAAGACUGUCUAUAUUUGAAUAUAGCUGUGAAAAGAUUAAGCAGUGAUAAGCCAUUGCCUGUGAUGGUUUAUGUUCAUGGAGGCGCCUUUAAGUCAGGGGAUCCAUCAAGUCGUGCCUGGUCACCGGAAUUUUUAAUGCGCGAAGACGUCAUCUACAUUAGCAUUGGUUACAGACUCGGAGCAUUCGGACAUCUGAGUUUUGCGGAUCCAUCACUGGGAAUUCCCGGCAAUUCGGGCUUAAAGGAUAUUGUGCUCGCCCUGAAGUGGAUCAAAGCUAAUGUGAAAUACUUCAAUGGGAAUGAGAAUAACAUAACUCUCUUCGGCCACAGCUCGGGUAGCAUGCUAGUACAACUGCUGUCUGUAAGUCCACAGACCGAAGGACUCUUCAACAAGUUCAUCCUAAUGGCGGGAUUCUUGCAAGAACUGAACCGUUUGCCCAACAUUGAGUACCGCCUGGCUCAGAAGUUGGGAUACCAGGGAGAAAAUAUUGAUAAUGAAGUGUACAACUUUAUUAAAAGUGCUGAUCCUAAUCUCUUGGCUUCGGCGGAUAUUUUGACGGAAUUUGAGAAAUGUCAUAGUGAUAUGAUAACAACAUGUACACCUAACGUGGAGCACUAUGAGACACCCGCAGGAUUGAUACUAAGAGAGCCUCGUGAGUUGCAACGUAAAGCCUGGAGUAAUCGGAUUCCACUGAUGCUGGGCACUACCAGCGAUGACGGAUUUAGUGUGUCUUUAGAGAUCCUUAGUCAGCAUCCUGAGGUCUUGCUACCACGCACUCUUUUAUUCCUUGAUGAUGCCCAAAUGCGAAGACAGUUGGGAAAGAAGUUGGUGGAGUCCGUUUGUCAGGUCGAUAUCAAUGAUCUGAGCGAAGCACAUUUGGACUCACUUAAAAAGGUCAAAACUUAUUGCAUUAUGCAUAAUCAGCAUCGUUUGAUCAAUGCUCGCUUAGCUUAUGGAAAAGCCGAUAACUAUCUUUACCGUUUCGAUUUUGACUCGCCCGAUUGUAACUUUUAUCGCAUACGCCGUUUAGGUCCCGAUAGUCGAGAAGUUACUCAUGGCGAUGAUUUGUGCUAUUUAUUCAAGAUACCAGACACAUUCAAGCUGGAUAAGUCCAGAGCAGAGUAUGCCACGAUAUGUAGAAUGGCAUCCAUGUUCGUUGAGUUUGCCCUUCGGUCCAAUCCGAACUCCCCUCUCACACAAACUUUGGUGAAUUGGAAGCCUGUCACUCCAGAUGAACCAAAUAUGUGUCUGAAUAUCAAUGAGGAGCUGCGGUUCAUUCCACAACCGGAACUACAGAGUCUACAGUUUUUCGACAAAUUGUUUGAGGAGGCAGGUGUGGACUUAAUUUAAGGCCAAUUUUGAGACCAGCGAUAUAUGAUUGCAGAUCUUAUCAGAGUAUAAUUAACCUAGAUUCCAGCUGGAUUUAUUUUAUUAUGCGCUUAAUGCCUUGUCUGUUUUUUUCAAGCUCUUACUAAGAAAUAACAGCAUUACAUUUUUUUUGUAAGAGUA